CGCGGCUUCUGAUUGCUGAAGGUCAGUCCGCACUAAAGCCGGUUGUACUUCUCAGGCGGCCAGUGCAUGCAAAAGUUGGGAAAAAAAAUAAUGAAUAGGUUGGAAAAUCCUCAUGAAAUUAGCCAACUGAUGUUUGAAGAGGAGGCAUUCUUUAUUGGUUCACCCCUCAACACGCUUAAUUCUAAUAUUACAACGGAUUGCCAACACCACUCACCUCAUCCGUCACUAGGUUCUUUUGGCAGUGAAGAAGUUCGGUGUUCUUUAGACGAAUUGGAUGCUGUUAUCGCUACAUACGACGACGAUGAGAACAAUAACCAUAAUAAUAACAGUAUUGUUGAUGUUAACAAUUGUAGAAGACAGUUAUUCACUUCACCUUUAACUGUUGCUACAAAUUCAACAGACUAUUCAACUUGUUCAACAUUUAUUCCCUCUUCAACAUCCUCCAAUUUAUUCUCCAGUCAUCAAUUAUCAUCUACACUUCAGAAAAAUAUUGAAUUAUUAUCUAUAAUAAAUCAAUCAAAAAAUAAUUCAGUAAUAACAAGUAAAGCAUUACCAGUUUCGUCAUUAUCAUCAGUAGCAGCAGCAGCAACAACAUCAGUGACAACAAGUAUGCAUUUUAUAACAUCUGGUACAGAAAACACCCGUCAACAUCAUCAUCACCAUCAUCUAAAUCAUCAUAAUAAUAAUAGUGGUUUCAGUAAUGGAAAUGAGAUAAGGACACAGUGUAAAGAUACCGUACAGCUGAACAGCACAGUAACUGGAUUUAAUUCAUCUUUACAAUCGUUUUGUACGCUAACAAAACACUUUGAAAAAACUGAUUCCUCGCCUCCAUUACCUCCUCCACCUGAUUCGUAUGCUUCAGAAAAUUUUACGCUUCCACCGCCUCCUCUAUCAGCAGUAGAAGUUCCAGCAUUACCAUAUAGUAGUAAUACAGUAAUUAGACAGGAUACACUGAAAUCUUUACCUUCACAGUUCAAUUCUCCUUCAAAUGGUUAUUUAAAUCGACAGAUAUCUGAUCCUCAGCAUGAAGUAGAUACAAGUGUUAACUCGUAUUGUUGUACAAAUAACAGCCGUUAUACACAAUCUUCAAAUUUCUCAACGAAUAAAUCCACAACAAGACCAUCAAUUCCUCAAAGAGCUCCAUCUACACGAUUGACAAGUGUACCGAAUUGUUCUAAACAAGAAUUAGAUUCACCUGUUAUAGAGAAUACGAAAUUAUUGAAUGCAUUCUGUGAGAGUAAUGGAACAGAUCAUUUAAUAAAGACGACAGAAUCCUGUAAUGCAAAUCCUGUUAAAACUCCUUCGGAAAUAUCAUCAAAAGAGGAGAAUGAUUCAAUUGAACGUACCACUCUACCUGUACAAGAUAUAAUACGUAAAUUUGGCAGCCUCCUUGAUAGUAAUGCAAAAAUACCAAAUCAAUGCUAUACCUCUUCUUGCUCACAAAAUGUAAUACCAUCGUUAUUGACAACCACAACCACAACAAUCCGAUCAAACAAUUCAAUAAAUGACUCUUUAACCACUUGUCAAAAUCACCACUUACUUCAACCGGAUAAUAGUAGUAUGAAAACAUCAGUUAUGCGUAAAUAUAACCAGCCAACAAUUGAUGUUAACAAUUCACAGAAUAUUCCCUCUAUGGAUAAUGUAAAUUCAUCUACAAAAUUAGGACAUUUUACCAAUAAUGGUAUGGCGACACCGACUGUUUUAGCCUCACAAACAUCCACAACAUCACAGGAGAACCAUGCAUCACUGCCAUCACCAUCUAUAAUGCAAGUGAAUCAAAGCAUUAAUUUAUCUCCUGAGAUGAAUCGUUUUCCACAGAUCAAUAAUAAUAACAAUAAUAAUAAUAGUAAUAAUCCAGUUAAGUAUAAUAACUUAUCACCAGUCUUUAGUACCUCCUUCUCUCCUUUGUUAUCUUCGUCAUCAUCAGCAGCACCAACAUCAAAUGUAACUGAUCUUCAUAAAACUGUUGAAUCAGUAUAUAUCAACCGGAAAACCGAUAGUGACAGAUGUGACUUCAAUUCUACACUGACAAACUUUUCAUCUGUUUCACAAACAUCUAUGCAUCACACGAAUACUUCAACAUUUCUAUCUUCUGGGAAUAUGUCUGGUGGUGGGUUGUGUAAAGCAGCUCAUAAUAAUAAUAAUAAAACCAACAAUAGCAACCACUCUGGUAACAAUGGUAAAGAUUCAGCAUUAAAUCAUAAUCCUCGUGUUCAUCAUUAUCAACAGCAACAACAUCAACAACAACUUGACUCACAUGUAGUCCAUCAACUCAGUGGUACUUUGUUACAACGACGAUUGUCGUCUGAUUCGACAGCAGAUUCGUCUUCUAUAGUUCAUGUACAGUCGAUGAAUUUAGAUUCAAAUACAUUAGCUAUAUUGAAUCAAUUCAACAUUGUUGAUGCUACUCAAAUCCCUGGUUAUCAUUCUAUUCCACCUGGUCUACCAGACUGGAAAACACAUAGAUUAGAGAGAAAGAAUCGUGAAGCGGCUAGUUUGUAUGCAGAAGAAUUAAAGAAAUGGGGUCUUAUACCUAAUUGGAAACGUGAACUAAUUGAAAAGAAACAAUUGAAUAAAAUGAAUAAUACAAGCUACUCAUAUGAACUGUGAUCAAGAUUUGACCGGAUAGUUGCAAAAUAAUUGAGCGCUGAGUAAGAAGUAGACAUUUGUAAAAAAUUAUAUUUGUAAAAUUCCAGCGAAAUUGAAAUGAUUUAUUCCAACGUUUCGUUCGGCACUCUGGUGCGAACUUCUUCAGGGAAAUUAAUCGAAAUCAACAGAACAGAGGUUUAUAUAUAAAAGGAACA